AUGAAAUUCCACUGCCGGCCUGUAAUUUCCUUAGUGAACAAUGCUUCCAGAACGGGCCCCAGGCCCCCGGGCGGGGCCCGCUGCCCCCACCACCACCACCACCACCACACCGCAGCCACGCGACGCUUCCCGGCUCACGCUGAGAACCUGCAGAGACGGAGCGAAGAAGACCCAGGAGAUGGAUCCACGCGGUCUCGAUGCCCAGCCCCGGAUUACACGCGCUCUGUUGAAAUUUGUUCUGAGAUCAACCAGCUGGAGGUGUGCCGGCGUUUCGACGUGGAUGUCCUGUGUCACCCAGAAAUCCACAAGACCUAUGACAUCCUGAACAGCCAAGGCCACAGGAUGUACUUCGCAGAGGAAAGGAGCAGCUGGCUGCUGCGGUACCUGUGCGGCUCCUCGCGGGCCUUCACCGUGAGCAUCUACGACAACGUGGGCCAGGAGGUGAUCACCGCACACAAAGCGCUCAGAUGCCACAGCUGCUUCCUGCAGAAGCUCACGGUGGAGGCCCCGCCGGGCGAGAGCAUCGGCUAUGUCUGUCAGUGUUUCCAGCCUCUGUGGCCCAAAUUUAAAAUUAAAAACCAGGAUAAAGAAGAGGUCAUGAAAAUCAAAGGGCCGUGCCGUGUCUCCAGCUGCCUGAGAGACAUCCAGUUCAACGUGCUGUCCCCGGAUGAGGAGACGGUCCUGGGGAGCAUUUCCCAGCGCGGUCCUGGUUGUGUGACACGCGGCCACAAAUUCAGAGUCCAGCUGCCCUUCGACCUGGAUGCGAAAAGCAAAGCCACCGUGCUGGCCGCCAGCUUCCUCAUGGAUUAUAUGUAUUUUGAAUUCUGCCCCUAAGAAUGAGUGUCAAAAAGAAAAAAAAAAAAAAAAGAUAUGCCAAAGAUGAGCGGCCUUGAGUUUGGCCAGCCUUCAGCAAAAUGUAAAAACAAAAACAACACACACACAUGCACAACUUUUCCACCCAAACUAUUUAAAUGGAGUCUCAUCUCACUACAAAGACCUCUGUGUGGUUUUUUUUUUCCUGUUUCUUGUAAAUAUACCAAAGCAUGUUUAGUUACUGAAAUAAAGUCCUGAGUUCCA